ACGCUAUGGGUAAACCGGAAGCUGGGCUCAUGUACGGGAACACCAAGUGGCACGGACAAUUUGAACAAUGUAUGAGAGUGAAAGGAGAAAUUAAGGAUGCUUCCAUUGGAAUCUCGCUAACCGCUGAUCGCCAGAUAAAUGGCGAAUACUGCAAAAUCUACAUACCGCUGCCAGCCGAAAUGAUCCCUGCUGGGAACGUGGGAGGAUUAGGAGCAGGCGUUAACUUAGAAUGGGGUGUGUGUCUGCCGAACACGUGUACUUCUAAGGACGUGACCAUCAUGAGUCAGAUCCUAGGAAAUAGCACAUACGCCGUCUGUGAGAAAGACAAGGAACUAGUCCUGAGUGAGGAUCCCAAGGCCAUAGCAUGCAUUGCUCUUCUUACUGUUUUCGCUGUACUGAUUGUAUUUGGAACUCUAAUGGAGGGAUUCGGGUUGGACAAGACAUUUACACCGGCGGCCCCGCACGAGGUCAAGGUCACAGAAGAGGUCAAAGCCCUGGAAGGCGUCACUAACCCUACCUAUGAACCCGAUGUUCAGCCAAUGGAUACGUAUUUGAACCACUACGUGAAGUACCAACCCGACGAUGAAAAACCAACCACUACUCUUGAUUCCAUGAAGGAAAAGGGUGUCGAAAUGAAUGGAAGCAAUGGAAUCGCAAACGGACACAAGCCUGUGCUGGACGAGAAAUCAUUUGGUGUGGUGAUGCCGCCGAAUUGGACGUUUAAGAAGGCAGAACAAAAGCAAACGAAGUCCACGUCAGACGACCAUAAACAAGAGAAGAAACCAGAGCCCCCCGCUCUUGUCCGCCUGUUUGCUGCCUUUUCUCUGUACACCACUCUCCCCAGACUACUGAGCACUCACCAAGGAAGUGCCGCCAUUACAUGUCUCAAUGGUAUCCGGGUUAUGAGUAUCGGAUGGGUUGUGCUGGGCCACACAUACGGCUUCGCUGCUGGUUUUACUGAUAAUAUAAUGUUUGCGUUCCUGGAAAUGAAACGCUUCUCCUUCACGGCCGUCAGCAACGCUUAUUUCUCGGUGGAUACGUUCUUCUUGUUAAGUGGCGUACUGGUGGCGUAUUUGUUCCUGAGACAACUCCACAGGGAGAAUGGUGUAAAGACCAGAACUAUGGUCAUGUAUUACGUACACAGAUAUAUUCGAUUGUCUCCGCUGUACUUCAUGGUUCUGUUCAUCUACGUGGCUUUACAGAACUACAUGGGCAGGGGACCGAUGUCGGCGCGUAGCAUCUAUGACCAGCAGUUCUGUGAAUGGAACUGGUGGACAAACCUGAUCUAUGUCAACAAUGUGGUGAAGAACAAGGAGCUGUGUUUCGGCCUGAGCUGGUAUAUUGCUAACGAUUUCCAGUUUUACAUUUUGGCGCCGCUGUUUUUGUUGCCUCUUUAUUGGAAACCUGUAGUCGGCAUUUUGCUCAUUAUUCUGGCAAUGGGCGCGUACGCAGUUGGGGCAACCUUCACGUUACUUGGCAUUGAGAACCCUCGCAUCAUGUCGAAUCCAAAUUUCCUGACAGACUUCUACAUUCUCCCCUGGUGCCGUAUUGGCCCAUACUUGGUCGGCCUCGUUGUGGGUUUUAUACUGUACAAGACAGACCGCAAGAUCAAGUUCAACAAGGUUCUUGCUGGUGUGUUGUGGAUAGUAUCUCUAGCCUUGGUGACGCUGAUUAUCUUCAUCAGACAUGACGAGACCGAAAACGGACAGUGGGGCAAAACAGAAACCAUCGCCUACGAGGUGGUCAGCAAGCCACUGUGGGCCGUGGCCGUCGGCUGGAUCAUCAUAGCAUGUGCCACGGGAUAUGGAGGUUUCAUCAACUCAUUCCUGUCUUGGUCGGCCUGGGUCCCUCUGAGCCGGAUGACGUACGCCGUGUACCUUGUUCACCCCACUAUAAUGUGGGCAUACCAGACUAGUCUCAUAAGUGAACUAACGGUAUCGGACUUUACAAUGAGCGUCCUAUUCACUGCGUACCUUGUCCUGUCAUACGUGGCGGCGCUGGUGGUGUCCCUGGCCUUCGAGGUACCGAUAUUGGGGCUGGAGAAAAUUCUGCUGAAAAAGUAACGCCAAGAUACAGAAAUAGAACACAAGCGACAUCUAUUGGGUCUGCUGUGAUAUUUGGGACCACAGAAGAAGAUUGAAAGUGCAUGUGCAUUACAUUCUAUUAUAAAAGGGAGAAUCUUUUUCGAUACGGUAUAUUAGGCAAGGUGCGCGUACAACGUUUAAACGUUUUAAGGACAGUUUAAUAAACUGGUAGACGUUAUGUCUUAUUUGUAAGACAUCAAAUAGCGUGCCUGUAUCAGUGAAUCAAAAACAAAAGACGAACUUCACUGUUUCAAUGUGGUCAUAAAGUUUUGAUACAGAUUGCUUACCUAUUGUAUUAAAGGAAACUAUUUAUAAAGGAAGUUGGUUCAUAUAUAUAGUAUCUAAUUAGAAAGAAUAGUCCAAUAGAGUAUCAGUAUGCAUAUGACUUUUGGCCAAAUGUGCACCAUUUAAUCCCCUCUUCCUAUACAUAUAUGGAAGGCAUUAACAGUUUUGAACUGUUCUGAACAGAAAUUGAUUUACAACUACAGUACACACGUACCUCAGAGACAUAAAUACCAUAAAUACAAAUGUUACCUUUAAUUUCAUUGAGAUUUGUCACACAAGAUGUACAAUCCCAGCAAGAGAGUUAAAUGAUUUUUCGUUGAGUAUACUCUGUAUGACUUGUCGUUAUCAUUUCAUAUAUCUCAGCUUUAAGAUUCAAUAGUCCCUGAAAACACGUAUUGUGAUCGGAGGACGCCCAUACCAUUUAUAAGAAAACAAAUAUAAGAAAUUAAUGUGUGU